AAUCACUCGCGAACGACACAUCACUAUCAGAUUGAAAAGAGUCAAGAUGGCUGAAACAGGUUUAAAGUAAAGAGGCUACUCUUUUGAGUCCAGUUUUGCAAGAAGCUGUCUUCAGUUAGCAGCAUCACAACUACUAGCAGUACUUUUUCCACUAUGUCAUCCACUUCCUCCUGUUACUCCUCCUCGGGGGAGACCAGUCCAGAGGAUGUACCUCGAGGUGGAGGCACCAUUAGAGUCUACCUCCCUAACAAACAGAGAACAGUGGUGAAUGUUCGUCAGGGACAGACAGUUAGUGAGAGUCUGGACAAAGCUCUUAAAGUCAGAGGCCUGAGCCAGGACUGCUGUGCUGUCUACCGUCUUUUAGAAGGUCGUAAGAGAUUGACAGACUGGGAAACAGACAUCACUCCUCUGGUUGGAGAAGAGCUCAUAGUCGAGGUCCUGGAUGAUAUUCCUCUCACCAUGCACAAUUUUGUACGUAAAACCUUCUUCAAGCUAGCUUACUGUGAUUUUUGCCACAAGUUUCUUUUUAAUGGCUUCAGAUGUCAGACGUGUGGCUACAAGUUUCACCAGCACUGUAGUAGUAAAGUCCCCACUGUGUGCGUUGACAUGGAUACUGUGAGCAAACGAUGUGAUUCUAAUCUCUGCACAGGUGAAUACCCACAAAUACUGUUGCCAGAAAAUUCCCCAUCAAACAGCAGCCUAGCCUUAACCCUAGAGCCUGCUGAAAUGGACCUUCUGUCACCCACAUCAGCCUUUCACUUCCCCAUCCCUGCUGGAGACGGUCAGUCAUUACAGAGACAUCGGUCCACAUCCACUCCAAAUGUUCACAUGGUCAGCACAGUGAGUCCAGCUGGUGCCAGCAUCAUAGAGGACGCACUAAAAUUUAACAACACAACAGGUCCUCAACUCUCUACCACCCCCCCUUUUCGCAGCUCACUAGGUAGAAAGCCACCAAAGUCACCUUCUGAACACAAGGAAAGGAAGCCGUCUUCAUCUGAUGACAAAAAAAAAGUGCACCGAGGAGGCUACAGGGACUCCAGUUACUACUGGGAGGUCCACUCUCGAGAGGUCACCAUUCUGAAGAGGAUUGGCGCUGGAUCCUUCGGAACUGUCUAUAAGGGGAAGUGGCACGGUGAUGUUGCCAUUAAGAUCCUUAAGGUGACAGAGCCAACACCUGAGCAGUUACAGGCCUUCAAAAAUGAGAUGCAGGUUUUAAGGAAGACCCGUCACGCCAACAUCCUGCUAUUUAUGGGCUACAUGACUAAGCCCAACUUCGCCAUCAUUACACAGUGGUGUGAAGGCAGUAGUCUGUACCGCCACCUGCACGUUAAAGAGACCAAGUUUGACACAAUGACACGCAUCGAUGUGGCCAGACAGACAGCACAGGGCAUGGAUUAUCUUCAUGCCAAGAACAUCAUUCACCGAGAUCUGAAAUCCAAUAACAUUUUCCUCCAUGAAGGCUGGACUGUAAAGAUCGGUGACUUUGGCUUAGCCACAGUGAAGUCUCGGUGGAGCGGUUCUCAACAGGUGGAGCAACCAAGUGGUUCCAUCCUCUGGAUGGCCCCAGAGGUGAUCCGGAUGCAGGACAGUAACCCCUACACUUUCCAGUCAGAUGUGUACGGCUAUGGGAUAGUGCUGUUUGAGUUGAUGUCAGGGACACUGCCUUACUUCAAUAUUAACAACAGAGAUCAGAUAAUCUUUAUGGUUGGACGGGGCUACCUGUCUCCAGACCUCAGUAAACUCUGUACUACCUUACCCAAAUCAAUGAAAAGGCUAAUUAUUGACUGCCUAAAGACAAAAAGAGAUGAGAGGCCUCUGUUUCCACAGAUCUUGGUAUCCAUUGAGCAUGUGCAAGACUUACUGCCAAAAAUCGAGCGGAGUCGUUCGGAGCCGUCGCUCCACCGGGCUGUCCAUGCUGAGGACCUGAAUCCCCUUCUUUUCCACACCACAAGGCUGAUGCCCCUGUGAGAAAACCCUGCUGCUGCGGUCACCUGUCCAACUCCACUUCAUUCCUGUGUCUCAACCAGGCCACAAAAUUCACAUCCUGCUGGAAAGUCUAGAAUGUUGAUAUAAUCAAAUCACUAAACUAUUUGUUGUGAUCAAAAAGACAGCACAACGGUAAAAUUAUUUUAAAUGUUGGACAGUGUGAUCAUAAUCCAACAUUGUAAUCUGUUAAACUCAGCAAUGAUGCCUGUUGUUCCAGGUCACCUGAUAAGCUCACAUACUUUAGAUGCUCAGUGCAGUCGUGCUUCUUUCAAAGUAUAACAAUAUCGGUGAGAUCCAUCUGCUGUGGAAGAAACAUAUCCUGAGUCACUUUGUUCACGAUUUAGUCUUAAACUUCGUUAAUAGGGAAUAAUUCAGCCUGUCUUCUCUCACUGACCACCAAGUGUUGUCUAUUAAGCCCCGUCCCCUCCAUUCUUUGCUCACAGACACAAAGGUUUUGAAUUAUUAUAUUUAAAUGUGGGAUGUGUUUUUUCGGAUGGACCUUAAGAAUGGUUGUAAAGAAUCGACUUGGGUUUCAAUAAUCAUGAAAAUGUUGCUUGCUCUUUUCAUGUAAGAAGCCAGUGAUGCUACAUGAUUUUUCUCCUAUGGAAAGCAUUUGAAAAGUGGCAUCUCUCCAGUGUUGCAGCUUUACAGAACUCUAAAUAUGUGGUUUAUCACUUUAAUGUUGGUCUCUACUUACUGACUUUUGUGUGACCGCUUACCCAUUUCAGCACACUGCUCAAAAUCAUUCUUCAGUUGCAGGAGAGAGAGACUUUGUUGAUCAGGGUGCAGAGUCCCCAGGUCCUUGUUUUCUUUCACACAAAAAGUGAUGCGGAAUUUUGUUAGAGGGCCUCUUUAGCUUUUUCGAGGAUUACAAAGUUAAUCUCGUUUGUGGCACUAUUAGGAGGGGCUAAUGUUCUGAAAGUUCUAUCCUUACUAAAAGCAAUUAUAAUCCAGUGUGUUUUCUGCUUUCAGUUCACAGACUUUCUAAUUGAUAAACUUUCUGAAUGUACUCCUUACUCAUCUUUACCACAUUCAAUUUGUGUUGAUAAGAUCUCCUAUAUUUAAUAUGCUUACAUGCAGUGAAACUAGGGGCUGGGUACCCUGAUAAAUCUAUUUUAACUUAUACUGGUGUUUUGUGGUUUUGUUGGUGGUCCUGGUUUAGGUGUCAGUUGCAGGAGUUUGUUACAGUGAAUGUUUUCGGAGCAGUAAGAGUGAAACCUUCCUCUGUCUUUGUCUUAUUUACUAAUAUUCGCUGUUUUGGAGGUGCUCAAAUGUUAAGAAAGACUGAUGGGUCAUUUUUAGCAUCCAUGUUUGGCUUCUUUGAACAGAAAGAUUCUUUUACAUGGUACUUUCUGUUCCAUUGGAUCACUCUUACCCUCAUACCCUUUCACUGCAGGGCUCAGCAGCCAUUUAUACAAAUACCCAAAGCACAAAUGCAAACAGCAAACAUUUAAAGACAGAGUUUCUUAUACAUACUCUAAAGUUAUGUGUAACACAUUAAAACCAAAAAUAUUUAAGUAUAUCUUACUGAAUAAAAAGGAAGACAAGCUGUCUAAGUAAUAACAACAGAAUGUUUUUUUAAAGGCCCAGUGUGUUAGAAUGAGUGAGUGUAGUGAACUCUUAGCCUAAGCCUAAAUCCUUCCCUUAGAACAUUCAGAUGAAGUGUGUUCCAUGGCACAGCCGUGCACAUUCAGAACAUGUCAGUCUGGUGCAGUCCUUCAAUGGAACAUUAACGACUGAAGUCUUGUCUCUCUUUACAUUAAAAUGUAAGACAAUAGAGUUCGAGCCAAUUGGAUUAAAAACUAGAAUACAAUACAAUAGGCAACUCAUUAGAGACCUCCUCCUCAGCUGGCACUGAGGACAUACAUUAGGACCAAGUAUUGUUUUUUGAUGCCUCUGGUCUUUAUUCUCUCCAAUGUGUUCACUCAGUUUAAGGGAAUUCAAACCAAUUUUUAAAGAUUAAGAUGAUUUUAAAACUUCGGCAGUUACUCUUCAGAAUGUUAAAAAAAACAAAGCAACAUCAGGAUCUUUCAUCUCUUCUAAUAAUGUCAUAGCAGAUUAUUAAAUGUGUGUUUCUUGAGCCCACUCGGACAGUACACAUUACAGUUUAGCCAGCUUUAUUUUGAAAUGGUUAAUUUGACUUUUAAUGUGGACCAUUUUGCUGCUGAGAGAUUCCGUCAGACACCUGCAGGGAGCAAUGGAGGAGGGAAAAUCAGUCUUAAUACAGUAAUUUGUCUCAAAAGAGAUGAUUAUGUUCAAGAUGAUGAUGCUGUAAGAGUUGUAUUUUAUUUGUCUUUUUUUAUAUCUUUAGGUGAAUUGAAAAACUUGUUAAUAGUUUCAGAGGUGUCAGGGUUUUUGUUUGCAAUAAAUGCUUCAUUCUGCUGUCUACAGUUA